UUGGGAAAGCCCUUAAAAAUUAAGAAAAUCUAAUUUUAAAAAAUUUAAGACCUUAUCUUCUGUCUUAGAAUCAAUACUAUUGGUUCCAAGGCAGAAGGGUGGGUAAAGGGCUAGGCAAUGGGGGUCAAGUGACUUGCCCAGGGUCACACAGCUUUGAAGUAUGAGGUCAAAUUUGGACCCAGGACCUCCUGUCCCCAAGCCUGGCUCUAUACACUGAGACACUUACCUUCCUCCUCCCCUUCUUUUUUAAGAAAUGUUUUAAUGGAGCUGCUGGCUGAAAUUUACCUUAGAACCAGUAUUGAUUCUAAAAUAGGAAGUAAGAGUUCUUUUUUUUUUUAAAGGUUUAUGUUGCCUUUUUUCCAUCUGUCAAUUCUUAAGUAUGCUCAUCUUUGCCCGGAACAAAAAUGGUCAGACAAAAUGAAACCGAAAAUGACAGCGUGUUGGCUAACAUUUCACACCAGUCCCUGCUCUCUCCAAAGGACGGAGGUGCUCCCUUCUCUAGCACCAAGUCUGAUCGUUAGGCACUACUCAACAUUUAUUUCAGUGUUCUAUUCAUUUAUUUGAUUACAGGCGCAACCCUCUCAUUUUAAGUUUGAGGAAACUGCUCCAAGGGAAGGUCCACGCGAGAACCAGAUUUCAGAUCCAGACUCUGACUGCAUAGCCAGGGCUUUUAACCACCGCGUAGCUAGCCCGUUAAUAGGAUAGAAUCGUAGAUUUAGAAACAAAAGGAUCUCAAUGUUCGUCUAGUUAUAAGAUCGUGGAUUUGGAGCAGCAGUGGACACCAUCUCCAGGCGUCUCACUAGAUCCCUAAGUCCAGGGAAAUGACUUGUCCGCGGAACUACUGAGAUAAUUAGAUUCGGAUAGCCAAAUUAGAUUCUGCUGCCAAAGGACGAGGCCAGGCGGGUUUAGAAGCGGUGCCCUAACAGCCCCGGGCUCAGACUAGGCUGUCACCUCCCCGCUGGGUUCUUUAGACCCUCCCAAGAGUUAAUCAAGUCCUCUAUUGUUCCAGGACCCCCGCGGGAGGGAGGUGCUUAAGCACAUGCCUCGGGGCAGGAGGGAGACAGCUGUUACUUAGAGAAGCAAAGGUUAGACACCCGGAAGGGAAGCCGCGCGGGGAGGAAGGUCUUAAUCUGGAAACAUUUCUAAAGUUAAGGGCAAGCGCGAUCCCCCGCCCUGGCCCCGCCCCGAAUUGCCGCUCUCUCUAGGGCCCCCGGGGAGCCCGCUCAAGUGUGAGCAUCCGACUUUCGGCUGCCUCCGCGCUGCUCGGCUCCUGGGUCUCGUCCCGGGGCUCCUUCCUUCGCCUGCCAUGACCCUGGAGUCGGUCCGCUAUUCCCGCGGCUCUCUGCUCGUCCUGGACCAGCUGCUGCUGCCCCAAGAGUGCCGCUAUGAGGCUGUGACUUCCGUGCGCCAAGCCUGGGAGGCCAUCAGGGCCAUGAAGGUGCGGGGCGCCCCAGCAAUUGCCAUAGUGGGCUGCCUGAGCCUGGCCGUGGAGCUGCAGGCGGGAGCAGGGGGACCGGGGCUCGAGGCCCUGGUGACCUUUGUGCAGGACUCACUGAAUGACCUGGUGACGGCCAGGCCCACGGCCGUCAACAUGGCUCAGGCUGCUCGGGAGAUGUCCGAGGUGGCCACCCGGGAGGCUGGACGAGAAGGAGCCACAGAGGAUGCAGUCCGAGAAAGGUUGAUCUGCUGGGCAGAGCACAUGCUGGAGAAAGACAUCAAGGACAACCAGAGCAUUGGGGACCUUGGGGCCCAGCACCUUUUAGAGCGGGUGGCACCCGGGGGUGGCCAGGUGACUGUGCUGACCCAUUGCAACACUGGCUCAUUGGCCACUGCGGGCUAUGGAACAGCCCUGGGUGUGAUCAGAUCUCUCCAUGCCCUGGGCCGCUUGAAGCAUGUGUUCUGCACAGAGACUCGGCCCAACAACCAGGGUGCCCGCCUGACAGCCUAUGAGCUGGUGUAUGAGAAUAUUCCUGCCACCCUCAUCACCGACAGCAUGGGAGCUACCGCCAUGGCCCACAAGGAUGUGAAAGCUGUCAUCGUGGGAGCAGACCGAGUGGUAGCCAAUGGUGACACUGCCAACAAAGUGGGAACAUACCAGCUGGCCAUCACAGCCAAGUACCACGGGAUCCCUUUCUACGUGGCUGCCCCUGUUUCCUCUUGUGAUCUGAGCUUGAAGACAGGUCAGGAAAUUGUCAUCGAAGAGCGGCCGAGCCAGGAGCUGACCAGCCUCGGGGGGACCCGUAUUGCUGCCCCAGGUAUUGGAGUGUGGAACCCAUCCUUUGACGUCACCCCUCAUGAGCUCAUCACUGGCGGCAUCAUCACUGAGCGGGGAGUUUUCUCUCCCAAGGAACUCCAGAUAGCCCUGACCUCCUGAGUGGACUCAGACUCCUCACAACCCAAGUCUCUCUUCCUCUACCUCCUGAUUCUAUUAUAAGCAUUUUGAGAGUGCUGUCCUGUCUAUUUAAAUGUUCCUGUCCCAAACACAGUGCCUUGCUUAAUAAAUAUCUGUUGGAUUAAAUAUCCUCCUGUCAAAAAAAAAAA